AUGUACUACACAAAGUAUGAUAGUGAAGCCAAAGUGUGGGAAGGACCGGAGGAUUAUAGGUCCUUCUUCCAUCCAAGCAUCAGUGCAGGUCAGGCGAUUCUGCACUUGCUGAGCAUUAAGCCAGAUCGCGUGAACUUAAUCAGUGCUGAUGACGGAUCAAGCUUGACAAAUGCGCAAGUUUACGCGGCCGCUCUUAAGAUUGCCUGGAAUCUCAGGACACGAGGAUGUGCCAAAGGAGAUGUCGUGGUCUUCAUCAUGAGAAACAGUCUCUACGUGACAUCUGCCAUCCUUGGAUCGCUCUACAUCGGGGCUCCGAUCAGUGGACUCGAUCCUGCUUUCUCCAAGAAGGAACUUCUUCACUCCUUCACAAUGACGAAGCCGAAGUUUGUUUUCUGCGAUGACACUGAAGUGAAUUUGAUUCAGGACGUCAUCCUGGAAUUGGGCACAGACACUCAAAUCAUCGUCGUGGGCAAGAAGAUUCCCGAAUUGCUUCACCUUGAUGACUUUCUCUUGGGUGACUUGAAGGACGAUGGCAUUCAGAAGCUCAUUUUCCACCCUCCAAGAGUGUCUGAGGCUGACGUUUCGGCCAUUGUGUGCACUUCGGGAACAACUGGGUUCUCCAAAGGCAUCAUCAUGUCUCACGAAGUCUACCUCACGACGUUUAAUGUGCCCAGAAUCGUGGACUUCAUCAACGAAGGGGAUGCGUUCAUGAGCUACAGCACUGCUUACUGGUGCACAUUUCACAUCGCGCUCCUGAGCGGCGCUCUGAAGGGCGGCGUGAGGAUCAUCACCAGGGAUCCGUUCACGCCGUCGGGCUUCCUGAAGAUCGCCAAGCAGUACAACUUGUCCUACUUCAUGUCCACGCCCAUUCACGCCGGUCUGCUGCUCAAGCAUCCGGACUUCCAGCCGAACUGUCUGCCCAAUCUCAAGUACUACGGCUGCAUGGGCAGCGCUUUGUCGCACGCGCUGGCCACUGAUCUGCAGCAGCAUCUGCCCAGCGCGAAGAUAGCCAACUUCUACGGCAUGAACGAAGUGGGCUCGAUCACGACGCACGUCUUCGAUCCCGCGAUCACUGCCCUGGGCGUGCUGACAGAGGGCGUCACGGCAAUGAUCCUCGACGAGGAUGGACAGCGGAUGGACGUGGGCGAGCAGGGGGAGAUCUGCGUGAAGACCAUCAGCCAAUUCACGGGCUACUGCGGCAAUCCCGACGCCAUGAAGGAGGUGAUCGACGACGACGGCUGGGUGCACACCGGAGACGUGGGCUUCUUCGACCAGGACGGCUAUCUGCACUACGUGGAGCGCAAGAAGGAGAGCAUCAAGUACAAGCUGUACCACGUGGCGCCCGGCGAUGUGGAGCAGGUGAUCGAGAAGCACCCGGCCGUCUUCCAAGUCGCCCUGGUCGGCAUUCCCGAUCCGCUGUGCAUCGAUCUGCCGGCGGCGGCGGUGGUGAAGAAGGACGGCUGCCACGUCACCGAACAGGAGAUCAUCGAGCUCGUCGACAGCAACGUGAUGGACGCAAUGAGGCUGCGCGGCGGCGUCUUCUUCAUGGACAAUCUGCCAAUGACGCCAUCCGGAAAGGUGAAGAAGAACGUGAUCAGGAACAGAGUCACUGAGUUGUACAACGAGAGGAAGACAACUAGGAAUUGAGGUGUUUCCACUCACUGUUAAUUUAUGCGAUUGAUCAGUAAAAUAAAUUAUUAAUU